CUACAUGUUAUAGAUGUCAGCGAGUCGCCGCGUUGCAUUUGUUUUUUAUUUUUCGAAUAUAACUGUCAGCGUAGCAGUUUGUUUUUUAUUCGAGAAAAACUGUAUUUUGUGUGUGAAGUGAUAAUGAUACUAAGAUUAUUAUUGUGUUUUGUGUGUGUGGCUGGUUUUAGUGUGGCGCUAAUAACAAAAGAAAUUUGCAUAAAAUGCGUCCCCAUCAAAGACUGCCUGGUAUUCGGGAACCUGACCAAGGCAGAACAAAAGCGGUGGACGGCUGACUUCGCUUGCACCCUUCCCAAGCUGGAUACCGAAGUCGACUUCGGGAUAACUCCUUACACCCAAGGAGCCUAUAUAUGCUGCCCUCACACGAACACCGCUAACUUCGCUAACCGAAGAACAGAAAGCCAUGCUCCGCAAAUCAGUACAAAACAUCCAAGAUCUGUUGACAAAUACGAUUCAACGCCAAACCCCGUCGAAUAUGAUAGGCAAAGACAGACCGAGAAUGUAUGGAUGAAUCAAGACCAACAAAAUGAUAAUGAGAAAGAAUACGACAGUCAACGCAUGCCGUUUUGGCAGCAAAAUCCGUUUGAUACAAGUUUUUUUAACAGACCGAACAGGCCUAUGCAAAGUAUGUUUGGUAGUAAUCCGUUUCAAAACCCUUAUUUUAUGGGCAAGCCGAGGACGCAACCGAGUCAGAGAGGGCCGAGUGGGCGCACAGGUGGAUCCGGCCAGAGUUCGGGUGGAUUCGGACAAAGUUCGGGUGGAUUCGGGCAGAAUACGGGUGGAUUCGGACAAAAUUCUGGUGGAUUCGGGCAAAAUUCCCGUGGAUCCGGACAAAGCUCGGGUGGAAAUGGGCAAUGUUCGGCUUUGACAAGUUUCCCGCCAGAGCCGAAUAAGGGCUGCUGCGGACGGGAUGUUUCUGAUGCUGACAGGAUCAUAGGUGGAAAGACAACUGAGAUCGACCAAUUCCCGUGGACGGUGUUACUCAAUUCAAAAUUCACAAACGGAAGAACGACAGCGGAGUUCAGCUGCGGCGGUUCAUUAAUCAGCGCACGCUACGUACUAACUGCCGCUCACUGUUUAUUCGACGAAACCUCCCGAUUGUCUGAUGUCGAAAUAUACCUAGCGGAAUACGACAAACGCACGUUCCCUCGCGACUGCAUGAUCAGCCCUGGCGAAGGUCGGAGGUGCAUCGAGAACAUUGCCAUGCGAGCUGAAGACGUAGUGCUACACCCUCAGUACGAUGACACGAGGUUGCAGAACGACAUAGCCUUGAUACGGCUAAGAGGAACUGCGCCAUACACAGAUUACAUUCGUCCAAUCUGCCUGCCUCUAAUCAAUGUUGACAGCCCCGACUUCUCCAACCUCCCCCUCUCCGUGGCCGGCUGGGGCCGGAACGGCCGCUACCGAUCCGACGUCAAGCAAUCCACCGUAGUCAACCUAGUGCCUCAAGGAGAGUGUAAAAGGCACUAUCCGCACCUGACGCGCCGCCAUCUUUGCGCGGCGGGGCACACGGGGGAGGACACGUGUAAGGGGGACUCGGGUGGGCCUCUCAUGAUGUUGCACAGAGGGAAGUACUUCGUCGCAGGGAUCGUGAGCGGGAAGAGGGCGGACUCACCUUGCGGCUCACAAGUGCCUUCGCUCUAUACUAAUGUUUUUAACUAUUUGGAUUGGAUUAGGGCUAACAUCCGGAAUUAGACAAUUAACAAGUAUAUAUUUGAUAUUUUAACAGCUUAACUGCGGUCAAUAGAAAAAACGAUAUUCUGAUAUGAUGCUGAACUAGUUAUGUAAACUUUAGUUAGUCCAUAAGUAUUUUGUUUAUUAAAGAACACACUACAGUA